GGAGACCCAGGGUGUGGCCUUCAGGCGCUGGGCUCUCUGGGGCGCAGGGACAAGUGUUGGGCGGCUGGAGUGGUCCCAGACUGCCCCUGGAGGGCGGGGAACUCGUCCCACUGUGAGCCAGAAGAAAGACGAAAAAGCCACAAUUUAAGAAUAGUUGAAGCAAUGGUGACCUGAGCGAUGCCACGGAGUGGGUUUGGGGGCCUAGUUGCUGUUGGAGAUCAUUCUUAAGAAGUGGUGAUCACCUGCAAAGAGUGAUCACCUGCAAAGGGCCUCAUCUAAGCGGCUUUGUCCUCCUCCGGUGGCGGUGGUGCCCAGACCUGGGACUCUGAAGUCAAACUCCCGUCCCAACCUUGGUGUGAUUCAGAGUUGUGUCUAUGGCGCUGGGCAGGUCCCCUGGGGCGCGCCCCACGUUCUCGGAUGGCUGCAGCCCCGUGGCGGCGGCCAGGGCUCCUCCCUCUUCGUCCCAGGCGCGGCUGCUCUUAAUCCGCGCGCGGUGGCUCCCUGGCCACUGGGCUCCGCCGAGCAAGCGAGCGGUCAGCGCAGAGCCAGAGCCGCGCGCGUCCCGUUGCGAGGCCGACGCCCAGCCCGCGAGCAUGGCCCCCUCAGCUGUGUCGGGCGGCAGCAGCCUGCCUAGCGGUUUCGCGGUCUUCAUCACCUUCCCGGACCUGCUCUUCAUCUUCGAGUUUAUCUUUGGAGGCCUGGUGUGGAUCCUGGUUGCUUCAUCCCAUGUACCCAUCCCCCUAGUUCAGGGCUGGGUCAUGUUCGUGUCCGUGUUCUGCUUCAUAGCCACCACUGCCCUACUCUUCCUGUAUGUAAUUGGUGCCCAUGGCAGCAGGACUUUCUGGAUCAACCUGGACGCAGCCUACCACUGUAUCGCCUCCCUGUUUUACUUUGGUGCCUCAGUCCUGGAAGCUCUGGUCACCAUCCGUAUGCAAGAUGGCUAUACCUACAAACAAUACCAUGAAAACAUCUCUGCCGUGGUGUUUUCAUAUGUAGUCACGCUGCUGUACGUGAUCCACGCAGUGUUUUCUUUAAUCAGAUGGAAGUCUUCCUAAAGCAGAACUAUAGAUGAAAACCUGCAGAGUUUCAACUGAUUGGCCCACCUUCCAGCUAACACUUUAGAACUGAGAAAUGCUCUCGAUGGUGGAAAAAGAAAACAAACCAAAAAAAAAAAGCAAUGCUCUGUUUCUUUGUGGGUAUUAGGUUUACUCUCUCAAUACCUUCGUGUCAGAGUAGGGAGCUUGCUACAUUUAUCCUCCAACUAUUGAAUUAUUUUUCCAAGAUCGUUACCUACUUGAAAGGGGGCAAUGGGGACCAUGAUCUGAAAGACCAGGAAACAAAGAUGCCCUGCUGACUCCAGGACUGGAUCUUGAGAACUGUCUACUGGAUUUUCCAUGGGCUCGUUUGAGUGUCCUUCUUGCAGCAAGCUUCUCUGUCUCCAGGAUAUUCUACAUAUAGAAAAUAUUCUACAGAAUAUUUUCAAGAAUAUUCUGUCAUGAAGAAUAAAACUCACCCCACAAAUAUCUGCAGAUGUCCACAGUGGGAGAUAAUAAAUGUUUGAAAUACCUUAUAAA